ACUUUUUACCUAUCUAUCUAAAUUAUUCACCACACCCUUUUCCAUUCUAAAAUCUCUUUUCCUUUUUGUCUCAUCCUUAUACUGUAUCUUUCUCUCUGUCCCUCUAUUUAUACAUCAUUUUCACCCUCCUCUUCUUGUCAAAAAUAUUUCUAAUUUCCAAAGAGAGAAAAUUAAUUAAAUCAUAUUAAUUAUAAUAAUCAUAAUGUCUCCAACAGCUUCAUCAAGAUGGAGCCCUACAACAGAACAACUCAUGAUCUUAGAGGAACUGUAUAGAAGUGGAAUUAGAACUCCUAGUGCUUCACAAAUUCAGCAAAUAACAACUCACCUUUCUUUCUAUGGUAGAAUAGAAGGAAAAAAUGUUUUCUAUUGGUUUCAGAACCAUAAGGCUAGGGAUAGGCAGAAACUUAGAAGGAAACUUAACAAACAAAUGCAACUACAGCAACAACAACAGCAACAACAGCAACUACAAGUUCAUCAUUGCCAAAUCAAUCAUGAUAAUAAUGUGAUGAUUAAUAAUAACCAUUUUGUUGGUACUUUUGGUUACCCUUUUGGAUCUAUUACACAAGACAUUUCCUUUUUUAACUCACCUAGCUUGCUUUUUGAGGGAGUAGCUGCAAACACAUCAGAAGGGAGAGUCAAUUGCAAAAGGAAUUGUUAUAACCAACAAAGUUUGGUGGAGAAGAAUGAUAAUAUUGCAUUAAGUAACUAUGGUUGGAAACUUGUGGAUGUUAAUCAUGAAACAUCUUCAUGUUGCACUAGACCUCUCAAGACUCUUGAUCUUUUUCCACUCACAACAACAAGAAUCAAAGAAGAUUGCACAACAUCAACCAAAACCCAAAAUUCUAUGUGACAUUAAAUCUAAUACUUUAGGAUAUUAAUUUCUAUAUUAUAUUAUAUGGUGCUUCUUAGGGAAAUUAACCAUGUUGGAAUUUAGCAUCUAACAAUUGAGUACCUAGUGUUGUACGUAGAACCUUUGGUUGCAAUAUUGCACCAUGUGAAAGCAUGAUAGAAUUCAAAUGCAAUACUUUUUGGUACAAACCCUUGGGGUACUUGAUGUGUCUCAGAAUUAUAUGUCAAGAUUAUUUAUUCUAUUCAA